AAGAGUGGGAGGUGGUCACUAGAUCACAGGAUAGGGAGUGUGUGAGACCGAGAAAGAGGGCCAGAGAGAAAGAGACAGCUACAGUACUGGCAUAUUGUUGGAGAAGGACGGGAGAGAGGCACACAAAGACGUAGUGAACAAGGGAGACAUUUAGUGCAGGGAGAAAAAGACACAAAGUGGGAGUGUGACUAUAAAGGAGAUCUGGGGAAUGAAAGGGAACCAGCUGUUUUUAAUUCAUCUAAAAGUCAGAACCAUGCUGUCUGUCUGCUGCCUCCUACUCUCUAUCCUUCUGGUUCCCAGCAUGCAGCAAGAAAGUGAGGAUCCAAACACAUUCACGGAAUGUACAGAUGGAUAUGAGUGGGACUCAGAAAGACAGCAUUGUAAAGAUAUCAAUGAGUGCCAGACAAUCCCUGAUGCCUGCAAGGGUGAAAUGAAGUGCAUCAAUCAUUACGGAGGCUAUUUGUGCCUCCCUCGUUCUGCCUCUGUAAUCAGUGACUCCAGCCCUGACCCUGACACGGCUGGAGCCCCUCUUCCAGGUCCUGGAAUUGAUCAGAGAAACAACCCAUGUCCAAAUGGCUACCAACCAGACUCACAAGGAUUGGGCACCUGCGUAGAUGUAGAUGAGUGUGAAUAUGAGAUGGACGACUGUCUGCCCAGUCAGGAGUGUGUAAAUAUAGCAGGCAGCUUUCACUGUAAGUGCCCAGAGGGCUACAGGAAGAUUGGAAAUGAGUGUGUAGACAUCGAUGAGUGCCGAUACAGGUACUGUCAGCAUCGCUGUGUGAAUUCUCCUGGAUCGUUCACCUGUCAAUGUGAGCCAGGAUUCCAGCUUGCUUCCAACAACCGCUCCUGUGUAGAUGUUAAUGAGUGUUCUAUGGGUGCCCCAUGCCAACAGCGCUGCUAUAAUACCUAUGGCACCUUUCUCUGCCGCUGUAAUCAGGGCUUUGAGUUGGACCAUGAUGGACAUACCUGCAAUGACGUUGAUGAAUGCAGCUACUCCAGCUAUUUGUGCCAGCAUCAGUGUGUGAACGAGCCGGGUCGCUUCUCCUGCAACUGUCCUGAUGGUUACCAGUUGUUUGGCACCCGUCUGUGUCAAGAUAUCAAUGAGUGCGAGACAGGGGCUCAUACCUGCACAGAGCAACAGACCUGCAUCAACUUCCAUGGAGGCUAUCGAUGUGUGGAAAAGAAUCUGUGUGUUGAGCCUUAUAUACAAGUGUCUGACAACCGCUGCAUGUGUCCAGGUAGUAACUCACUGUGCCGCGAUGAGCCUGGCUCUGUGGUGUACAGGUACAUGAGCAUCACUUCUGACCGGAGCGUCCCAUCAGAUAUAUUCCAAAUUCAGGCAACCAGUGUGUACCCCGGAGCAUACAAUACCUUCCAGAUCCGCUCUGGAAAUGAGCAGGGAUUCUUCUACAUCAGGCAAAUAAACAACAUCAGUGCAAUGCUUGUGCUGGCCCGCCCUGUCACCGGACCCCAGGAGUUUGUCCUCGAUCUGGAAAUGCUGACCAACUCCCCGCUGAGCUAUCGCUCCAGCUCUGUCCUGAGGCUCACCAUACUUGUAGGGGAGUAUUCCUUCUAGAGCGUUAACAAUUUCAUUAUCUUCUGGGCUAUUACCUUUUUUCUUUUCAUUAAAUAUAUUUUUUACUAAUUGGUAUUUUAUUUUUUUAUUAAAACCAGACUUGUUCUUAUAAGAGACUGCCUUUCAGUGCAAGGCAAUGCUACAGGUCUCUGGCACUGAAAAGAUUAACAAGCUUUAGAUCUUGGCCUUCUAUCUACUAUAAGAUGGCAUCAUACACAGAGCCAGACUCAGCAUAAGCUGGACUCAGUGGAACACUAUAAGAUGGCAUCAUACACAGAGCCAGGCUCAGCAUAAGCUGGACUCAGUGGAACACUAUAAGAUGGCAUCAUACACAGAGACAGGCUCAGCAUAAGCUGGACUCAGUGGAACACUAUAAGAUGGCAUCAUACACAGAGCCAGGCUCAGCAUAAGCUGGACUCAGUGGAACAUACUGUGGCUAACAGUUUUAAGUUCGGACUUUGCAGGGUUUCUAUGUGAUGUAAUCUCCUCACUGUAGAAAAUCAGAGACAGCCUUAGAUUGUGCUGGUACAGAUGGCUUCCCAUCCUUAUUCAGGGUUAUUAAUCAGAUGGCUCCUAGUUGUGAGUCAUUGGGAGUAGGCUAGGACAGCAAUGGUUUUAUGGUCAUUUUAUGUGAUUAUUAACCAUUUUUCCACAAAAAACCUGGGUUUUUUAACAUUGUUCCAAUCCAGGUUGGACCCGGGUCACAGCCCGUUUACGCUGUAUCUUCGAUCCUGGCUAUUCCAGGGUUGUUACCAUUUUCCACUGCGCUGUGACAUGGGUUGUCCCCGCAAAAACCUGGGUUAUUGUGGCAGUGGAAAAAAGGGUAUUAUUGAUUACAAUUAUAUAAAAAAAGAUUACAGGCCAGAUGCAUCAUUGCUUGGAAAGUGAUAAAAUGGAGAGUGAAAAAGUACCAACCAAUCAGUUCCUACCUGCCAUUUUUCAAACACAACCUGUGACAUGGCAGUUAGAAGCUGAUUGGCUGGCACUUUCUUUCUCCAUUUUAUCACUUUUCAAGCGAUGAUGCAUCUAGAGUUAAAUCACACAAAUAAUAAUAAUAAUAAUAAUAAUAAUAUUCACCAAAAUGUAGGCAACAAUUUUCAAGCGCAUGUUCUUCAUAUUUACAGCUGUACUUUUCCUUUAACGGUAAAUUAUCAGAUUUACAUAAGUUAAAGGUCAAAGGCCCAUAGCAUUACUUAUGGAAUGCUAGUAGGCUGGAAUUGGCAAUGUAAAUGUUGUAUCUUAACACUUUAAGGCAAGUUUGGACCUUUCCUAGGACAGCAGUAAAUCAUUAUAUUGAUGGACAAAUUGUCUUUGCAGAAUUUCUGCAAUGAGAGUAAAAACGUGUAAAAUAAAACAUUGUUGUGCAGUCAGUGUAACUGUGUUACCCCUAUCCUUGUACAUUUCUCCACGUUGUAGUAGUUUUACAUCUUAACUGUACAUCAAUAAAGAGGAAAAAAAUGAUGGGUGAAUUA